GUUCCGCUCGCCUGCCUCCCCUGAGGUCCGCUUUCCGGGCCCCUAGCCAAGCUGGGAGGAGGCUGCUUGGGCUGCGGCGGCGGCGGCGGGGAGUGUGGGGGUGCAGCCGGGAAUACGAGGAACCGAGGUGCGGGCGGGGGGAAGCAGCCACGCCGCGGUUGCCUUGAGCCCACCCCCACCCCCCCCACCUAUAUACUUCCCACUCCCCGCGGCCUCCCUCUCUCUGCUGCUGUCUCCCUCCCUGUCCCCUCCCCCCCUUGACGUCUGAGCUGCGCAGCUCGGGCCUGCCCGGGAAGCCAAACCAAGCCAAGCCGCCGCCGCUGCCGCCGCCGCCCGGCCCAGUCUUGGUCCAGCCUUCUGUUCCCGGGGGACAUGCGGGAGAGAGAAUGAACCAGAGCGACACGUUGGUGCAUCUGUUUGCUGGAGGAUGUGGGGGAACUGUUGGUGCAAUUCUAACAUGUCCACUAGAAGUUGUGAAAACAAGGUUACAGUCCUCCUCUGUGACACUUUAUAUCUCUGAAGUACAGUUGAACACCAUGACUGGUGCUAGUGUCAACCGUGUAGCAAGAGUCUCCCCUGGACCUCUCCAUUGUCUAAAGAUGAUCUUGGAAAAAGAGGGUUCUCGUUCUUUGUUCAGAGGAUUAGGCCCUAAUUUAGUUGGAGUAGCCCCUUCCAGAGCUAUAUAUUUUGCAGCCUAUUCCAAUUGCAAGGAAAAAAUGAACAAUGUAUUUGAUCCUGAUUCUACCCAGGUUCACAUGAUCUCAGCUGCAAUGGCAGGUUUUACUGCAAUUACGAUGACCAACCCAAUUUGGCUCAUAAAAACUCGGUUACAGCUUGAUGCAAGAAACCGUGGAGAAAAGCGAAUGAGUGCUUUUGAUUGUAUCCGUAAAGUAUAUCAGACAGAUGGACUCAAAGGAUUUUAUAGAGGCAUGUCUGCUUCAUAUGCUGGCAUAUCUGAGACUGUUAUUCAUUUUGUUAUUUAUGAAAGUAUUAAGCAAAAGCUACUGGAACAUAAGACUGCUUCUAAUAUGGAAGAUGAAGAAGAUUCUACAAAAGAACCUUCAGAUUUUGUGGGAAUGAUGUUGGCUGCUGCCACCUCUAAAACUUGUGCCACAUCUAUAGCAUAUCCACAUGAGGUUGUAAGAACAAGGCUACGUGAAGAGGGAACAAAAUAUAGAUCUUUCUUCCAGACACUAUCUUUGGUUGUUCGAGAAGAAGGAUAUGGGUCUCUCUACCGUGGUCUAACAACACAUCUGGUCAGACAGAUUCCAAACACGGCUAUAAUGAUGGCCACCUAUGAACUGGUAGUCUACUUACUCAAUGGAUAGCAGUAGUUUGCUGCAGUCCUAAGGAGGGAGAAGACCAAAAGAUUGCAGUGGACCAUAGAAUGUCAAAGCCAGCUUGGUGGACAGAAGAAAAAUCAUUCGGGAACAUAUAGCUAUGCCCUAAAAGGAUGAUUGGUGUAGGAAUCAUUGCAGUCCUGCUACCUUAUUUGGCUUUUUGGGGCAAUGUAACAAAACCUGGGCCAGCUCUUUAUCUCUUAAGGGAAUGCCUUUAAAUAUUCCAUUUUUCAAAAUUGCCAUUUUCUCUAAUGUGUGCCCAACAGAGUUAAAUUCUGAUUCCUGAUAAGGUGGGAGUAUCUAAUGUUUUUACUCCAUGAGUACUUUUCCAAGCAAUGCCUCCAAUAAACAUUAAUUGUACUAUCCUCUUAUCAAAAGAUAGAGUUGGAUAAAACAUGUAUGUGUUCAACUCUAUAUUGUUUUGAGUUAAUUUUAAAAAUCUGAGUAUCAUUUCCAUGUUAUUUUUGAUAAGGUCAUCAGAUCUUGUGGCCUAAAAUGAAUUAUUACUCACAAUAGUCAUCUUUAUGUUAACUGGUAAAAUGUCUGAAAAGGAUAUAUUAAAUCCUUUAAUAUUGAAUUUUUUGUUUCCAUUUGUGCCAGCUCUUGGUUUUGAGCAAAAUGAGCCUUUUAAAUAACUUUAGUAAAUACACUUCAGGUAGUAAGUAUGCUUUCUGCAGCAGAUUAUGGAUCCACCUGGGUUGAUUUUUUUUUUUUUAAUGAACCACAGAAAAAUUGAUUGUUGAUUAUUUUAGUGACUACAUUAUGUCCUGAAAUCUUCCCUACGUUGUAAUACAUGAAGACAAAAAAAUAAGAUUCUUUGAAAAAUAAUUUGCUGGACCUAGAUGUCAUUUAAUUGAAGGGAAAAAUACUUUACCACUUGUGAAUUUUGUUGUUUCUUGUUUAUAGAUAUAUCCCUAUAUAUUAAGAACUUUUGAUUUCUAGCCCAAUGCAGUCUUCAUCCAGUUAAAUGGAGAAAAUGGUAAUUAAGAAUGUUUUAAAGCAUUUCCCUUGCAUAUUAUAUCCCUUCUUUAAAGAGCAGCAUUAUGUUAAAUUGUGGCAACACAAACAUUAAAAAGGGGCCCCUAACAUCUGACUUGAAGAUAAUAAUUUUAUUGACUUAGUUUUGUAAAUGAUAUUUACAAAUUGCAUUUGACAAGAGAAGUUCAUUCUGUAAUAAUUUACUAAGUGAUAAAUCAUAAAAUGUUAAAGUUAAAUGUGCUAACAAUAUGUAGCUUUUAACAUUACUAUUAGACUUCUCAGUUGCACCUUUUAAUACUUAAAUACGGUUUAUAUCUAUGGUGGCCCUUAACAAAGAUGUUUACUAUGAUUUUGUCGGUAGGCUUCUCCAUAUGGAAGUUUUUACACUGGUUUACAGAAGAGUGCAAUUAAUCUCCAGUGUGACAUUUCAGUAUACAUAGGACUGUAAGUUUUGUGCAAUGGCUUUAUAUUAAGAACGACUCCUUAAGCACUUUGUGGCCUUUUUUGUGGGCUGGAAGGGAGGGAAGCUUGUGAUUUUUUUUUUCCAUGUUAAGAUUCUGAAAUAUUGGUAAAGAAUAUUAGUGUUCAAAACAAAAAUUGUUCACAAAAGUAUUUUUUUCCUGAUUCCCAUAUACUAUAAGAGAAACUAUGUCUCGUCUAUUUACUCAUGGAAUGUGUUAUAUAUCAUUUUGGAGUUCUAUGUGUUAUAUCUAUAAAUAGUUUUUCUUGUAAAAGUUUCUAAUGUACUCUCUUCAUUGAUAAUGUUCUCCCCACUGAACAACUUUGGUGAGCCAUUGCAAGGUUCAACAUGGAAAUGUAGCAGUUUUCCUCUGCCAUCAGCAUUGAAGCACAGUGAUCUCCUAAUUUUCCUUUAACUUUAAAACUGGAUAUUUUUGAGGUGCUUUGAUUAGAAAUAGAGUAUUCCAGUCAAUUUGGAAAUCAAAAGUGAAUUAAAUGUAAUAAUAAUUGAUACACUUUGAACUAAUUUUUACCUUAAUGUAUUUAUUGAAAAACACUGAAAAAGAGGAUUUUUCUAACUCAUAUUCAUAGACAAAGUCUACAUCAUGAAUGUAUUUUAGCCUUUCUGGUGCCACAUAAUGCUACUUAAUUAAUUACAGUGCCAUAUGCCCCAUGAGUGACUCAAAACAUUAGUUGAAUUGAAUGUGGAACAGAGGCUCUUCAUAUCAUAAUGGGAUUCAAUAAAUACCUAAAUGAUAACAACAAAACUAAUAGCUAACAAAACCUUACUUAGUUACUUCAAGUUAAAAGAUGAGUGCUGUUUAAAGAUUAAAACAGGUAUUCUAAUCCUGUAUAAAUUAAAUUUGCCUUUAAUGCAUGCAUACAUACAACAUUUAAACAUUGUAUUAUGUAUGUAACCAAAAAAUAUAGUAUAAUAAUCUCUUGCUGUGUUGUACUACUUGAAAAAAACAACAAUGAAUUCUGAUGCUAAUUGACAGUUCUUAUGUCAGAUUUUCCAAAGCACAAUCUCCAGAAGGAAAGUUUAUGUGUAGAGAUAUAUUAGGAUUAAAUUAUGUAGGAAAUACAUAUACAAAAAUUUUGUUUACCAGAGCUUUAUUAAAAGUUUCCACCUCUUUUGGUUUUUAUUGAUUUUAAUUGCAGAAACAAUUUGUCAGGCUAUCAGAGUGUUUGAAUCAAUUACCCCCUACUCCCCCCCUCCUUUUUUUUUUUUUUUUUUUUUACCAUGUCUCAUAUUCUGUCUUCUGUUUGUCAUUAGAUCAUAAUAUAUGAUUUCAGGGAUAGAGACAGCCAAUUAGCAUUCUUCAGGAUGUACCUAUUUAUAUGUAAUCCCCAUGGAAAUUUAGUAUAUAUGUGAUUAUAGGUAAAAUAUCAGUCCAGGAAUAACAUUCUGUAGUACUCUAAUAGAACAGUAGGUGGGACUCUAGUAUAUACUGGGUCAUAGCAUAGAAACAGAUGCAUGAGUUUUAUUGUCCAAAUUUGAGCUUUUUUGGCUAUAAUCAUAGUAUGAAUCCAUGAAACAUGUGUACACCAAAGCUUUUUCUUCUCAUUAUGGAUAAGACUUUGUGGAACAAACAUUACAAAAAGUAGCACCUCAAAAAUUAAUAACUUAAAACCACAAUAGAAGGAAUAUCAUUGGAUUAUGUAAUGGCAUUGACUCCUUAUAAAUCGUGACACAAGAUAUGAAACACCAUAAUUACUACAUUGGAACCAGAAGACUUUGGGUAUUACAAAGAAAAAUGGUGUUUAAUCCACCUUUAAUUGAAGUAUAAGUAUUUCUUUAAAGUUUUUAGAAUGGCCUUAAAUUAUAUUUAAAAAAAAAUACAUGUAUGUUAUAAUUAUUAACUUUUUAAUGUUAAUUCAGCCAAGCUAUCCCUUCAUCUUUUGGUAUUGUGUUAGUUGUUUACAUAACCGUCUCCUGUUCUGUUAGUAUUGUAGGGACACCUUUGUGAUAGCAUACUUCAUCCCUUUCCUAAUCCAGCAUUGAUCAUGACUUUUAACAUUCCUGAGACAUUACUUCCAAAGAAUUUAAAUUGGAAAAAAGACAUUUUUGUAUAAAACUCCAUAAAAUGAGCCCAGAAAUAUCCUUGGGUAAAUGUACUCUUUUCUGUCCUACCCUGCCACCAUCUCUUCUUGCUUAUCCUUCAUGUUACUUAACCUCUGCUCAUUUUUUAUUACUCCUUCCAGGAACUGAAAAUUGUAAUAUCACUUAGGAGUUUGUGUAGUUUUUUCUUUUUUGUCUUUACCCCUACAUAUGUGAAUUUUAAAAUUAUGACCUGUCAGUCAUAUCUAAAUAGUUGACUCCAUGAAAGUUGAAGUACUUUGACAUUCUUGUGAGGUUUGCUAUUCUUGCAUCUACGUAAGUGGCUGUAAAUUGUGUGCAUAUACCCUAUAUUUAUGUUAUCUAGCUGACAUUUGUUUGGACUGUUAAAAUUCAAGAAUUAAAAUGCUUAUGCAAAUACGU